AUGGGAAGCAGGAAGCGGGAGCUAGCCAGAGACGGGGAGACAAGGUGUGCUUUUCACCAUCUACGCCGAUUCCAAGCAAGCUUCCCGUUGGGCACAACCUCCAUAUCCACCCAUGCGCUGGCAGCGCUGCGGCAAACGAAUACUCGAACUGGCGGACAAUCGUGGACGACACGAUGGGACGGUAGUGAGCUUUUAGCAGCGGAAGAGGGCUGGUUUGAAGAUAUUCAUCUCGACUGCUACACCUCCCGGACUGCUACACCCCCCGCGCUCGUUCUUCGAUACAGCAACUCUCGUGUCGUGUCUUGCCGUGGGCCAACUAUGGCCACCGUUUAUGUCAGCAGUAGUGCGCGCUACCCAAGCGCACUGCGGAGCUAUGCGAAUGUAGAGAAGUGGGGAGGACAAGCUCAAUGGGGCUGGGAGGAAGAGCAAUUGUGUCGGGGCUGGUGUCCUGCAACUGUCUAUCGACACCAGCAAAGGACUUCAAUACCUUCAACGCGUCCGCCGUCAUUCAGAGCUGACGGACAGUACUCGCUCUUAAAAGCGCUCGGGAAUGCUUUGGGAAGGAGAACAACUGCCUCGCUUACUAUUGAGGAUGGCUUGCUGGAAACGGAAGAGUUCGGGCCCUGCGGGCGACCACCAUGUGUGAGAAGUUACAGCCGGCGAGAGAGACUUCAUCCACUUCCGUUACCUCCGCAACUGGUGCUACCUUUGUUCCUCACGUCUAUUGUUCGCUUACACUGUCGCGGACAAGUCUAAAAGUGAGGAGUCCUCUUCAGCGCUAAACCCAUGCCAACGACGGAUGCACAGCUGUUCUUAUUCCGCACCCAGCGUAAAGCGCUCUUCCCCACUGACCUCAAUGCGGAUGACUGCCUGGCCAUACUGUCGGAGUAUGACUCGAAUCCACCCACCGCACGGACAGACGCCCAUCUAACUCAUAAAUCGCCUAUUUUUCAUCCUCUUAUUUACCUCCUUCGUCUCCGCCUCCAUCCACCUUGCCUGUGCUCGCCACCUUCGCCAUCCGCGUCGCUUUCGGCCAUCGGCCAGAUCACGUGCCAGGCCGGCCUCCGCCGUCGGAAGGCCGAUUUGUUCUCAAUACAUCUCGACGAUUGUGACGAUGUAUCUCUCCCGAUACAACAGCUGGGGCUCCCGCCGCCGUAUCUCCAUGCGAACCACAGUGUAUCCUCUCUACCCAAUUCUUUUGGUCGUCCUAUCCGAAGCAGAAGGCUUUCGUCGAGCGCAUUUUCUGGGCAGCCGACCGACAGGCCAAAUAUUUCGAUGUAUCUCUCCCGGUACAGCAGCUAUGGUUCCCGCUGCUAUACGCCC